AUGGAUUGGAAACUCGGGACGUGGAACUGUCGAUCUCUCAACUUCCAAGGAAGCACUCGAGUGCUCUCCGACUUAUUGAAGAGCCGCAAGUUCGACGUCGUAGCGCUGCAGGAGGUGUGCUGGAAGGUCUCAACGGUACGUAUGUUUAGGGAUGGUCACACCAUCUACCAGAGUUGCGGCAACACACACGAGCUGGGCACAGCUUUCAUAGUGAUGGGCGAGAUGCGAAAGCGGGUGAUUGGGUGGUGGCCAAUUAGUCCUCGAAUGUGGAGGUUGAGAAUCAAGGGCCGAUUCUUCAACAUUAGCAUCAUCAACGUACACAGCCCACACCUCGGAAGUACCGAUGAUGAUAAGGAAGAAUUUUACGCGCAGUUAGAGCGUGAAUACGAUCACUGCCCAAAACAUGAUAUUAGGAUCGUCAUCGGGAAUUUCAACGCCCAAGUUGGUCAGGAGGAAUACAAACCGGUAAUUGGAGGGUUCAGCGCACACCAGCUGACCAACGAAAUGGGCCUAAGACUCAUCGGCUUUGCCGCCUCCAAGGACAUGGUCAUUCGUAGUACCUUCUUCCAGCAUAAACUCCUACACAAGUACACCUGGAGGUCACCUAAAAGACAGAAACACGAAUCGACCACGUUUUGA